GUCUUUCUGUCACCAUCAUGAUUGAAGUUUGAAUCUGCAGAGUACGACUUUAUUUGAGCGCUACAAGAGCCACAAUUUACAUUUUUCCGAUCACUCGCGCUACGAAAUCGAAACCACGCCUCCAUGAUAAACGCACAUUAGCCACCGCCCCGUGGUAAGGGUCUUUGUCAGGACAUGAGUACAUAAUUUAUUACACGUUUAGCAGAGAUAGAACAUGCUUUCUGUACAGCAAGCAUCUGCCUCAUCUUGUGUCCCAGCUGCGCAACUCACGCGAUGCCAGCCCUGGACAUUUUUUGAAGAAGCAGCCCGCGAACCACCGCUCGCGAGGAUGAGACCCGUUGGAACAAGGAUGAAGGAAAGAUGCGGAAUUCCGCGGAAAACCUGUGCAGUAGUGCGACGCAACUGCGCAUCAAAAGCCUACCUUUGCUCGGUUGCAACAAGUAUAAUUGCAACAGCUGUGACAUCAGCUGCAACCGCAGCAACAGAAAACGACGCUGGUGUGAAAUUUCCUGCGACCUCCACCCCAUCCGCAGUUACCUCCUACCGAGCAGAAGCGUUACCGACCAGCAAGACCGAAACCUUCAAUUCUUGUUUGGUUGAAAACGAAAAGCACCCCCUGCUUCCCCCGCACCGCAAAACCGCAACGAGAAAUUUUGAAGACGAGUGUGCAGCCUGGGUGAUCCGGAGCACCGAUUUAGUGUGGAACAAGGAAAGGGACUACUCGAUUUAUGAAGCAGGUGAUGAAGGUGAAGCAGAAUUUGAGUUCAUCAAGCAGCAAACUGAAGAUAGCAGCAACUACAUGAAUUCAGAUGAAGCAAGAUUUCCUACUAGCAGCACCACACGCACAGUCAGUGCAUCUGCAGCAACUACAACCGCGAUUGCUCCGCCAGAGCAGGAAGCGGCGCUGCAGCUGUUGGAAAUGAACACUUCUAAAACUAGCAACCCCGCCUCCACGAAGACGAAAGGCACUUCCUCACCACAAAAUCAAGCAUCACGAUCCGAAGAUAUUAUACCAAACCACACAUCCCGCGCCCUGAACUUUCUAACCCACAGAGACAAGUCGUUGAAACUGCACCCGAAAACGGAGUUGGAUUUAAACGCGGUCUUGGCGGAAUUUUUCUACGUGGACUGGACGUCGCACAGCUCGUUCGGGCAGGUGACGAUAUGCACUGCAAAAGUAUCGUAUUAGUGUAUGUGUAAAUCGCAUUACAAAUUAGCCCAGCAUUAGAAAUGAAAUUUGUCAUGCUGAUUUGCCUUGAGAUGGAGAUUUGUAAUGCAUGACUGCGAUAAUUUAUUACAACUACGAGUGCGAUACUUUUGCACAGGAUAGACGAGUGGGUUGGUGAAUUUGAAGAAGUUGGUGGUGAUGACGAAAAGAAGUUUUACCAACGCCGAUAUGAAGAUCCACAUCUCAGACGCAGCGUGCACAGGGAACGACGUUGACGGAUACAAAACCAUGAUGCCCGAUGUGGUGGUCGGGGGGAUAGGAGGUAGAGGGAGAACUACAGCUGGAGGUCGUGGAUCAAAGGUUCACCGGGAUGAAUCCACUACUACCAUGAGCGUCGUCCCUCUGGAGCAGCAGUACUUCCCAGGAACGAGAACCGUGAUGGUGAAGGGGCCACCAGAGGAGCAAACGUCUCCUGGCAGGAGGGAUAAUAGUGGUGGAACCGGUACCGGUGAUGACCAAGACCAGAAGCUGCACAGGACGUUGCCAGCGCCAGCUGGAAAGAUAAAACCGCCCCCACCAACGCGUGGUGGUCCUAGUCAACGAAAAGACGGCGGAAAUUAUAGUGAUAAAGCCACUGCAUCUCCAACUACAUCAGCAAAUAAAGGAGGAGCGCAGCCUGGAGGACACGACAUAAAGGAAGACAAAAAGCCGGACAAUUACAUCUACUACCAGGGCUCCGCGAUGUGCUACGUUCAGUACGUCCCGCCCUUCGGCUACCAGUACAUCGCGGAGUGGCUGCUGCAUGACGAGCUCUCCGCGGUGCAGCAGGUCAUUUCCUCUUCCUACGAAAACGACGACGAGGAAAAUCUCCAGCCCGACGAGUUCCGGUUCCCGAGCGAAAAGCACGUCUUGCCCAACCAACGUUGUCGACUGAACUACCCCAGUUGGGGCUGGAAACCGGGGGAGGAGGUCGUGCUGGCAUCGCGUGGGGUGGUGUCGGGGAGGAGACGAGAGGUUGAUGCUCCACAGGACGAGAUGGUGGAGGGGGAUGAGCAGAUUACAUCAGGUCCUGGUAUUACCAGGAGUAGGAGUAGAACUGUUGGUGAGACGAUCAAGAACGAGCAUGCUGUCGUGGACGGACACGAGACGUCUAGUAGAGGAUCACCAGCAUCAGCAGCUUCCAGUGCAGCUGAGGAACGGGGAGAAGAGGCAGCCGUGGGGAUGACAGGAGGGAAUAAAGAACAGGGGAGGAGUUCCAGCUCGUUCUUAGAUAGGAUGAAGUUGGGGCUGGAGAACGCUAUGGAAAAGUUUGAGAUGUGAGUGCACCAAGUAGUUGCUGUUGUAGUCACGACAAGAACGCUCACGUCAGUAUACAGAUGAGGAGUUGAAGCAAUGAUACUUUGGGUGAGAUUGAACGAGAAAUCGCGUGCCCGAGAAGCGAUAAAGCCUCGAAUUUUUUUUCGAACUACAGGACUUGGCGGCUUAGAAAUUUUCUGCGGCGCCGUGAGAAAAUGGAAAUGCACGCGGGCGAAAAUCGCAAUGUUUCAGUUUUUCGGUGUUCAUCCAAACAAAGGCUGGGGGUUCGGCUCGAC